AUGGCACAGUGUCAUGGAUCUGCUGCUGUCGUUUGCCAACAAAAAAUUAAGUCUCAUUUGAAGAAGAAGUUCAGGUGUGUGUUUGAGGGAAUCGCUAAAGCAGGAAAGCCAAUAGAUCUGAACGACUUCUACACAGAUAUCUUCAUCACAGAGGGAGGCAGUGGAGAGGUCAACAAGGAACAUGAGGUCAGACUGAUUGAAACAGCUUCCAGGAAACCAGCAAAGGAAGAAACCCCAAUCAGAUGUGAGGACAUCUUUAAACCCUUACCUGGACACGAUCAACCAAUCAGGACGAUAAUGACAACUGGAGUGGCCGGUAUCGGUAAAACCGUCUUAACACACAAGUUCACUCUGGACUGGGCUGAGGGCAAAACAAACCAGGACAUACACUUCACAUUUCUCCUCACUUUCAGAGAGCUGAAUUUACUGAAAGGGAAAGAGUUUAGCUUGCUGGAACUUCUUCAUCACCUCUUUAUUGAGACCAAAGAAGCAGGAAUCUGCAAAUUCGACCCGUUCCAAGUUGUCUUCAUCUUGCAUGGUCUGGAUGAGUGUCGACUUCCUCUGGAUUUCCAGAACAACCCGAUCUGUAUUGAUGUCACAAAGUCCAUCUCGGUGGACGUGCUGCUGACAAACCUCAUCAGGGGCAAACUGCUUCCCUCUGCUCACAUCUGGAUAACCACACGCCCUGCGGCAGCCAAUCAGGUCCCUCCUGAGUGGGUUGACUUGGUGACAGAGGUGAGGGGGUUCACUGACCAACAGAAGGAGGAGUACUUCAGUAAGAGAUUCAGAGAGGAGACGCUGGCCAGUACAAUCAUCGCCAACGUCAAGAAAUCACGAAGCCUCCACAUCAUGUGUCACAUCCCAGUAUUCUGUUGGAUCACUACUACAGUUCUGGAGGACAUCUUCAAAAAAUCCCAGAUUGAAGAGAUGCCCAAGACCGUGACUCAGAUGUACAGCCACUUCCUGAGGGUUCAGUCCAUACAGGGGGACAGGAAGUAUCAUGAGAGAGCUGAAACAGAUCCAGACUGGAGCUCGGAGAGCAGGGAGAUCAUUGUUUCUCUGGGAAAACUGGCUUUUAACCAGCUGGAGAAAGGCAACCUGAUCUUCUACGAGGCAGACCUGGCAGAGUGUGACAUCAAUAUCAGAGCAGCCUCAGUGUACUCAGGAGUGUUCACCCAGAUCUUUAAAGAGGAGUGUGGGCUGUACCAGGACAAGGUGUUCUGCUUUGUCCAUCUGAGCAUUCAGGAGUUUCUGGCCGCCCUUUAUGUCUUCUGGUCCUUUAUCAACAAUGGGGUCAAUCUGCUCUCAACCUCAAGGAAAGAUAAACUCCUCUUAUACCAGAGUGCUGUGGACAAGGCCUUACAGAGUGAGAACGGACACCUGGACUUGUUCCUCCGCUUCCUCCUCGGCCUCUCUCUGGAGACCAAUCAGAUUGUCCUACGAGGUCUGCUGGGACAUAAAAAAAGAUCACUGACCACUCAGAUUAAAACAGGUCUGCUGCGACUGACAGGAAGUAGGUCACAGACCAAUGAGGGAACAGUGUCUUACAUCAAGGAGAAGAUAGGAGGAGACCUAUCUCCAGAGAGAAGCAUCAAUCUGUUCCACUGUCUGAAUGAGCUGAAUGACCGUUCUCUAGUGAAAGAGAUCCAGGAAUACCUGACAUCAGGAAGUCUCUCCGGAAAAUCUCUCUCCCCUGCUCAGUGGUCAGCUCUGGUCUUUAUCUUACAAACAUCAGAAGAGGAGCUGGACGUGUUUGACCUGAAAAAAUACUCUGCAUCAGAAGAUGGACUUCUGAGGCUGCUGCCAGUGGUCAAAGCCUCCAAAACAUCUCUGCUGAAUGCCUGCCAUCUGUCAGAGAGAUGCUGUGAAGCUCUGGCCUCUGUUCUGAGCUCCAACUCCUCUUGUCUGAGAGAGCUGGACCUGAGUACCAAUGAUCUGAAGGAUUCAGGAGUGAAGCUGCUCUCUGCUGGACUGGGGAGUCCACACUGUACACUGGAAACUCUCAGAUUGACUGGCUGCCUGGUCACACAGGAAGGCUGUGCUUCUUUGGCCUCAGCUCUGAGCUCCAACCCCUCCCAUCUGAGAGAGCUGGACCUGAGCUACAAUCACCCAGGAGACUCUGGAGCUGCGCUGCUCUCUGCUGGACUGGAGGAUCCACGCUGGAGACUGGACACUCUCAGUGUGGAGCACGGUGGAGUGUUGAGACUGAAACCAGCUCUGAAGAAGUAUGCCUGUGACCUCACACUGGACCCCAACACGGCCCAUAGAGACCUCUCUCUGUCUGAGGACAACAAGAAGGCGGCGAUGAUGCCAUAA